ACUGAAAAAUAAGAAAUGAGCACGUGUGACCCCUAUGGUUUAGAAAAUAGGCACCAAUGCCCCUCUUCGCCAGAAAAUGAUCAGAGGGGGUGUGGGUGCAAUGUUUUGAAACCAGGAAGUCUUUAGAAAUAAGUUUCGAAAAUAGGGGGGUAUUGAUGCUAAUUUUCCAAACCACAUGUAGCAGUGUAUCUAUGUGUGAAGAUGAAUUGACAAAUAAAGACAAUAUACUUUACAUAUAACUUUUUUCCCACUUCAGAGGGGGGAAAUGGGUUUGUUCUUCUGCCUUUUCUUCUUUAUGCCGUGCUAAAGAAAGGACAAUGAUAACUUUUAUAAUCCUUACUUUUCCCAAAAUAAAAUCCGUGCUUUACUUAUCAAGUACGGAAUAUGUGGCUCUUGACAACUCUCUCUUCCAAACAAAUGCUAACCCAACAUUUUUGUUCCAGCGCUGAUUCUUUUGAGUUCCAUUAUAAUUAUGCCUUUGCAACUUCUAAUCAUUUUAGCAUUAUCAAAAAUGGUUGUAUCUUACCCUUGUUGCAGCCUGAGGCAGUUAUAGAUAUGAAACAAAGAUAUGUAGGUCACUGCAAUGUAGGCACUGAUAUAAAACAGGCUAGUUUUCUUGGCCAAAGAGGUGAUUAUAUUGCCAGUGGGAGUGAUGAUGGUAGAUGGUUCAUAUGGGAAAAGAAAACUGGCAGGAUAGUAAAAAUUCUUGUUGGAGAUCAAUCUGUUGUAAAUUGUAUACAGUGUCAUCCAUAUGAUUGUGCUGUGGCUACGAGUGGUAUUGAGAACACCAUAAAAAUUUGGACCCCAAGUGAUUCGCUACAAUCCAGAUUAUCUAAUGGAUUAGACCCAGAGACUUGGAAUUUUUUAGAUGUAAUGGAAAACAAUCAGCGCAACUUAUGUAGCACUCGUCAUGCGGCUCUGCCUUUUGAAUUUCUGGAACGGUUCAGGAUGCGUGAGCUUGCAGAAGGGGGCCCUCAACCAUUUGAAUGCACACAGAGUUGAUCUUUUCCAACAUCCCAUGGUAAACAGUAAAUUCCUACCUCCCCAUGCUUAUGCCGUUGCUGUUGUUGACAUUUGAAUUUUUUCCCAUGCUUCGGCUGCUCAAGUUACCCUGUAUAAGCUCAGUAUAGUAAAACAGUUUGGGGUUUCAAGCUAACUGUACGUGUUUUUACUUGGUGAUAAUAUCAGGCUGUGUUCAUGCGU